AUGGGCGAACCGGUUUCCAAGUUGGUUUGUGUGUUCCUGUGUGCUUUUACAAUAGUGGUGGUGCCAACCCUGAUCACGGCUCAAGGCAGUGGCAGUGCGGAAGAGGAGUACUGGCGAAUCCGAGCAGAGGAAGCCUGGAACCACACGCUCAAGGCUUAUGAGGCUAAUCCCCACACCGUUAUUGGGGCCUUCAAUAAGCAAGCUUCCGACGCUGUAAAAGAAUUCUUGAGCGAGAAGAACAACACGAGGAGGGAACUGAGAGGGAAAACGUGGGGAGGAGGCUGCUUGGCUACCAACCCAAUCGACAGGUGCUGGAGAUGCCAGCCAAAUUGGGCCGACAACAGAAAGAGGCUGGCAGAUUGUGUGGUGGGUUUUGGCCGCGGCACCACCGGGGGAAAGAAUGGUGCAUUCUACGUCGUCACAGACUCUUCCGAUGACAGCAUUCUGGCACCGAAACCCGGAACCCUUCGCCAUGCAGUGAUCCAAAAGGAGCCACUUUGGAUCAUAUUCCAACGCGACAUGGUAAUCAGGCUCACGCAGGAGCUGAUCAUGCAGGGCGACAAGACCAUUGAUGCUCGUGGGGUGAACGUCCACAUUGCUUACGGCGCUGGAAUCACCAUUCAGUUCGUUAAGAACGUCAUCAUCCACGGUCUCCACGUCCACGAUAUCCAUCAGGGCUCCGGUGGCCUCGUCAGGGACUCGGUCGAUCAUUUCGGGAUUAGGACCAUGAGCGACGGAGAUGGGAUUUCCAUCUUCGGAUCCAGCAACGUUUGGAUUGAUCACGUGUCCAUGUGGAAGUGCUACGACGGCCUCAUUGAUGCCGUCGAGGCAUCCACCGCCAUCACCAUCUCAAACUCUCACUUCACCGAUCACAAUGAGGUGAUGCUCUUCGGUGCCAGCGACAGUCAAUCCAAAGAUGCUGUCAUGCAAAUCACUGUUGCUUUUAACCAUUUUGGUAAGAGGUUGAUUCAAAGAAUGCCUAGGUGCCGAUGGGGAUUCAUUCACGUCGUCAACAACGAUUAUACUCACUGGGAAAUGUAUGCCAUUGGUGGUAGCCAACAUCCCAUUAUCAUCAGCCAGGGUAACCGCUUCAUUGCUCCUCCCGACAUCUUCAAGAAGGAGGUGACAAAGAGGGAUUAUGCGGAGGAAGCGAGAUGGAAGCAGUGGACGUGGAGAUCAGAGGGAGAUCUUUUCAUGAACGGAGCAUUCUUUGUUCAAUCUGGAGAUCCAGAUUUUACCAAGAAGCAUCCUGAAAUUUUCGACGGCAUAGCUCCUGCGGAUAGUUCACAGGUGACUUGGAUAACGAGGUUUGCUGGUGCCCUUUUGUGCAGACCUGGAAGCCCGUGCUAG